UCCACAUUGAAUUUCAUGGAUGGUAAAUCUAGACCUUGCCUAUAUGCAUGCUUACAAAUGGCUUAAUAGCUUCUAAAUUAGUCUAUAAAGACUCAGUGCAGUUUAUUACAGGUACUUUAACCUGAUUUAUAACUCUUACUGCUUUAAUUCCAUAACCAGAUUAAGACAUUCCACAGAGUAGGAAGGAUUGGGAGUAUAGGAAGGUAGCAUAGGGAUUGUAGGCGUUUUAUUGAAGUACUUUAGAACCCAGUCUUAGUUUUUGAGUGGUGUUUACCCAUUCACUUCAUUUCACAUGAGUGGCUUGUUAGGUUGUGUGAAAAAUGUAGUUAAUGCCAAAUGCCACAUACUCUGCUGCCAUCUCCUGAGGAUGAGGGAAAUGAUGCAUCCUCCUUUGCCACAGUAAAUCUUUUCUAAAAUGGGAAAUAAUGGGCAAUGGUUGAGCCAGAAAAAUACUUUUAUUCAGUGGAAAUGAUUCAGAACUCAUAGAGCCUGCCCAUUUGGCAAGCAUUACAAGUGUUCAGACCAAUAAUCUGAGAAGGUGCUAGAUAUUUUUAACCACAGGAGGAGAAAAGGACAGGAGAAGUUGUGUCUUUUCAUUUGUUUGGGAAUUGAUAAGAGAGAAGUGCAGUACCUCCGCGCAUCCCAUUUGCUCUAAGUGAGCAGGCAGUGUCAGGAUUACUUUAUGCUGCCUGCUGAAAGAGGGGAAGGGAAGAAGUGACCCCUGUGGGAGUUUUACAACAGCAAGUUUGUCAAGAUAGAGGUCUGAGGUGGGGAGGAGAGGGGUUGAGAGAAGCAGUCUGUGCAUAGAAGAAUUACUGGUUGUUUGGAGACUCUUGGACUUGAAGACCUGAGAGUGGAGAAGCACGGCAUUGAAAUGGGUAGCCGGAUCGAGCUGGGAGAUGUGACGCCACACAACAUUAAGCAGCUGAAGAGGCUAAACCAGGUCAUUUUUCCUGUCAGCUACAAUGACAAGUUCUACAAGGAUGUACUGGAGGUUGGCGAACUAGCCAAAUUAGCCUAUUUCAAUGACAUUGCAGUGGGAGCAGUGUGCUGUAGGGUGGAUCACUCGCAGAACCAGAAGAGACUGUACAUAAUGACACUCGGAUGCCUGGCACCCUACCGAAGGCUAGGAAUAGGAACUAAAAUGUUGAAUCAUGUCUUAAACAUCUGUGAAAAAGAUGGCACUUUUGACAACAUCUAUCUGCAUGUCCAGAUCAGCAAUGAGUCUGCGAUUGACUUCUACAGAAAGUUUGGCUUUGAGAUCAUCGAGACGAAGAAAAACUACUACAAGAGGAUAGAGCCUGCAGAUGCCCACGUGCUGCAGAAAAACCUCAAAGCCCCUUAUCUUGGCCAGAACGCAGAUGUGCAAAAGACCGACAACUGAACAAACCCCCAACGAACACUUUCUUGCACUUGCUUGUCGCCAAAUAAGGAAAGAGAGGCCUCUUGAGUUUGAUUUUUGGUUUUAACUCCACCCCUUCAUUCUCUUUAAUUUUUUCUUCUUGACCUCUCUCCAACAAAAUGUAAUGUAAUGCUUCUUCCAAGGAUUGUCCAGUCAUGUUUGGGGUUGGGGUGGGGUUUUGAGCUCUCCUUUCUGAUACGUUAGGGGUUGAUUUUGUUGGGGUUUGGGGGUUUUGUCUGCAUUUUUCUUUUUUUUUUUUUUUUUUUUUUUGAGGGGUGUGGUUUUGGGUUCUUGUUUGUUGUAUUUCGUUCUUUGUUGGGGUGGGAAAAGGUGUGUAGAUCUAAGUUUGAGGUGUGGAGGGCUUGAGCAGGUUAUCCUGGUGACAAGCUCCCUUCACAAUUAUUUCUUUCAAUAAGCAGAAUGUAAAUCCAGUGGGGGGGGAGGGGAAAGGAAAAGCAAUAUCUUGUCCUUUGACUCC